GCCUCGUUCGCUGUAUGGUCGGUGGUUGAGGAUCUAGUGCCUCCCAACACUCGCUUGCCUUUUUCCGUCGAAACAUCGCUGUUCAGGCGCUCUUUUGCCUUUGGCAUGCGACAGGUUCCGUGUUGUCGGGCACAUCCGCACUUCGUCCAUCUCGUUAACAAGAACUUGACGCACGAUUUCGCGUCAGACCGGACGAUGGAUGUUCCAGAUACAGCCGUCUGUGGAGAGGCGGCGCACAAGUAGAAGCUUGACGACGAGAGCCGCCACUUACCAGACCAAGCACUGUCUCGUCUCUCAUCAGUCAUGCUCGUGGCAUAACGCAGAAGUCAUGAAGUCAAAGGUGAUGCGGCUAAGGACAAUUGCCGGCCGAGAGCCACAGAAGCAGCCGCGCCGCGGCCGCCUGUUCUGUCUCCUCAAGGCGUGUCCAACCCUUCUCAUGAAUCGAGUGAUCCCAGUGAACUGUCAAACACUCAUUGCAGUUUAGUAAUUGCUUGAGCACCAACACUGCGUUACGUAAUGUGUUAUCAGCGGUGCACGUCUCUAUUCCCCAUUCUCCAGACCUCAGCGGGAUAUACUGCCUCCUUGAUGCGGAUUGGCGCUGCGGAGAGGAUGCGAAUCGUCGUAUACCGACUACACUCGCCUAGCUGUAGCGUGCCUCUUAGCUACGUUGACACCCUAGAGUAGUAAAGGAAUAUGAGUUGCCUCGUGCGUGCGGCAGUUUCGACUGAGCGUGUAAACUGGUUGUUUUUAUGUCCUGGAGCCGCCGACAUGGCCCCGUUUUUGUACCAGACGGGGGAGGGGAUCUCGACCCGCAAGCAGUCCCUUGAGCGGACGAGAUCGUCCGAGUACCGUCGCAGUGCCACAUUAUGGAGAGGCGAGACUUAAACAACUUGCGAUGCAGCAGUUCAAGAGGCAAGCGACGCAGCUACAACCACAAUGAAAGGCGGAGGAGCGCUGUGCGUAGCAGAGCCUUGGGCGCAUCGUCAUAAGUCGUUCUUCCCUCGCUUCCCAGUUGCAACUGACGUACAUGGAGGCACGUGCAAGACACGGGUUCCGAUAGCGGUCAAGUGUACGGCUGUGACAGACUGCAGGUUUGGAGUCUUGGGGGCACGAACUAACGGCGAAGAUCACGUUAUCUGACAUGGAACUCAAACGGGAAAAAUGCGACAGCUCGUCUCCACCCCAAACGAGCGAUGAAGCCUUGAGAACUGGUGGUGACGGCAGUUCACCCGCUGAGCUGUGAGUCACCUGCGUAAAGAGGAGAGGCGUCGAGUGGCUGAGGCUCUCCCAUUUUUGUAGCAUUGGCAUCAGAUUCUGCAGCAUCGGAACCAGCAUUGUCGGAAGGAAUAUUUCGAGGCAUUUCUGUUUCAUGGAGAGACUUGCCCCGCGACAGAAAACAGUGAAUUCUAUUCAUCAUAGCUAUGUACCACAUGAGCAGCACUACGUGGGACCCCCAACGUCAUCAUUAUGUUGCCAUCACCUAAUGGGUUCCACUUGGCUGAGGGUCUCAAGGUCAGCACGAAAACGUCUGACGCUAGCGGCAGCCCUUAUCAGUGACGUGGAGUUAGGAAGCCAGGUAUGGCAGGCGACUAUACAGUCGUGGGUGCACCUCGGAGUUGCACUGCUGAGGAAGGAAGCUAGGGAGCUCGAUGCUAUUUGGCCAAAUCAGGGUGUCUGCAUCGAGGAAUUCGUUGCGUCCCGCGUUGCACGGGAGGUCAGUCCACAUCUGUCUGACAGCAUUUUGUCUGAGUGCAGGGAGGGUACUACACGAAUGCAUACACAGAGAAAAAUAUCACGAGGAAAAACGACAGCGGCACUACGACCUCAGGCCGAGAACUGGGUGAGGCGGCUAGCCUCAGGUGCCUGGAUGCAGGAGGAACUAGACGACGAGCGUCCACGGCGAGAGGAACUUCGAAGCGAGUCCCACGAGCAGCUACUACAGCAGGUCGACCAGGUGCGGUUCUGAUCCCCCUGAACGGGCAAGCAGUAAGUGCGACAGAGUUACCGGGGAUCGUCGAUGGAAGCAGUGCGCAAUUGGUCAACUGUCUUGGCAUGUACAUCCCGAACCACUUGUCGACGCUGAUGUUCCAGAAUUCCGAGAGUCUUGAGGCUCUUCCAGUACUUGUAACGGAUCUGCUGAGUAGUUCAUUGUGUGGAUCCUACUCGUGACAAAGGGACACCGUUGCCAGCGGCAGGCCAGUGCGGGCAGGCUAGGGUGGGGAUUUCAGGAGGAUCCGGUGCUGAGGUGUUCUAGGGCGCCGGGUAUCGUCUCAUGAUUUAAGCGGUCGCCCCGUUGCAAGGCAAAGCGCCACAGCGGCAGUCACGCAUGCUCCAUUUGUGAGCGGUGCUUCUCAGGGGAACAGUUCUUGGCAGCAGCGUUGCGCUUCUAGGAAUGGUCACGGUGUCUUACGUUAACCUUACGAUAGAGAAGUUUAUGCGAGAGUCGGAGUUUUUGCUUUAGAGACAGUGAUACCAAUACGAAUAUGUAAUAUUGAAAAUGGCCAAAAAUAUGUUCGAUCUUCGCAUGCGACUGGCAUCCGGCGUGUCCAGCGAGUAGGCAGCCACAUCGGGCGACCGUGUGUUCUGUAUGCUGAUCUCUCUCAGAAGCUUGCGAAUGAUCGAGAACGGAAGGCUGCAGCGAACCGCCUCUUGGCAAGAAGCCCCCAGGAGACUCCAGUGUGGGAAUCAGUCUGCCACUGAUCUGCCGAAUGCAGGAUCGGAAGAAGUCUCAGACGGUGAGUUCGUCGAGUCUGCUCAGAACCUCCAUCCCGACGAGCUGCCAACCUCAUCCAUCCCGCUUGAAAUAUCUGUUAACAAAGAAAAAAGAGGGAUUCGAGCCCGCCUUUGCUGACGCUCGACACUCUGUUACUCGAUAAGGCAUCCUCUCUCAUCCGCGCAUCUCAUGUUUUGUCCUGGCAAGCAUAUACCACUGUAUCUUCAACUCACGGUAUCAAGGGUUUUUGUAGCUUAGCGGGUGAUGUUUUGUCGUGUAUCCGUAAAUUGCGAGUAUUCAUUCACAGCAAACUCAUGUCUCCCUAGUUCGCGCACAGUGAAGCGUGACUGGUAUGGGAGAAAGCUGCGAAGAGCAGCACUUCCUGGCAAAACCAUGCAGACGCACAUCCAGCGCGUUCCUGGGCGCGCUGUGACUGUCGAAACAAGCAGAUGCUCAAGCUGUUCUGCAUAUCAGUGUCGUCGUUUUCUUAAUGUUGGCAGGCCUUCGGCACAGGCCAGUGUUCCGGGCGGACCUAACGUGACUUCUGCUCACCAUGCCAUCAAUAGUUCUACCCAGAGAGGCACACACACUAGACGCUGCAUGGAUAUCGCUGCCAUUCGCAUGGUCUGAGAGAAUGAUCCAUCACCUGGCCCAACGACACAACGACAGUGGACGUACUGUGACAUCGACUCGGGGGGAUGCACUGUUACAUUCGGUCUUGGUGCCCGCGCCUCUCGUAUGUGGUGCGAUGGAUAUAAAACUCCAAUGACUCCAGGAAAGGGAAUACGUUUGUUUGCUCUCGAGUGGGGCUGGGCCAGUUGGCAGGGCAACACGCUCUACCAGUGUCAUACCACAGUCUCGUCCAGGAUCCGUAUUCACGCCAACACAAUGAUCUGCGCACAUGCCGCAGAUAUCCAUGAAGCCGACAUAGAUGUUAUCGAACAUGCGUAUUUGCGCAUGCCGACUACACCGACACCUAGACCUACCGCACCCUGCGACACAGCCGACCUGCAGCAGCGCAGGAGUACUCAUGUCGCCCCUCCGCAGCGCAUGAGUACUCGUGUCGCCCUCCAGCCGAACAACCAUUCCUGAAUGCUCGUCCAAGUGGCUACAUCGCUCGAGCGAACACUUCGCAAUUUGAGGACAGGAGUGCCUGUGACGUUCGACAAUGGUGACGGCGGCAGUGUUCCGCCAAAUGUUCAUCGCGCUCCCUGGUGCGCGGGUGAACGGAGACCUGCCUGUCACUCAGUUGUGCGGCAAGCACUGGAGCGCCGAAAUGCAUAUGGUGAUCUCAAGGUAGGCUUCGAGACCUCCGCACGAAAAACGAAUGUCGCCUCCUUCCCUGUGCGCGGUUGGCGCUGUGUGUGUGCCACGCUAGUCGCACCCCGCUGGCGCUGACUGGUAUGCAACACAAGACGCGUCAGAGUCAUGUCGUCGCUCAUGCCAGUCACCAAUGGACGGCGAGGAAUUUGACGCGACUCACAGUCCUCUCACGCUGUGUAUCAGCCUUGGAUCUAAGGCACUUCCGGGGGUGGGUGUCAAUAGGAACUGUGACAUGCGCUGCGGAGAAGUGCAAACCUAACUCAAUAUUCAGAGUGGUCGGGUGCAGCCGGAGUAGGCAGAUCGAAAGACUGUUCUGCUAUGUUCAACUCGCACUAUUUGUGUUGCACCCACUGACACCUUCGCCACAAGGCAACAGACGAGGCUGAUCAUGGCGACGAUAAGAUCUGUGCGGUCUGAAAAAGUAGUGCUCGAUAGCCACGCGUCGACCUGGUCUUGCUCCAGAAUUGGCUGUACUGUUUGCACCGUCAUGAACACAUGGUCAUGUUCUCACACUGUGGACCAAACAACGAGUCAGACUGCGACAUACUGUAUGCAAGAUCGCUGCUCGGACACGUGGAAUUGCAACAUUCGUCAUUUUGCGGCCUACACCACAGUGAGCGGCCACGUGACCGACGUCAAGUCGCACUGGGGGUUGAGGCAACAGGAGAGAACCAGCCGUGAGCGGUACCGUUCCGAAGGAAGGCUGCUACUCAUGCUCCCCAACACCUGACUGAUAUGACGCUGCUCCGCGUGCAGGUUUCUCUGAUGGGGGAGUUGUGGCACUGGGUUUUGUUGUACCUUAUACGGGCAACAUGACUCACGCGAUUAUAUUUCAUUUGGCGUUUGUGGGUGACAGACAAAUGAAAAUGGUGGGACGCAGCUAACUGGUUUGCACGUCAUCUGCUUACCCCAUCGCCUCUGGUAGAGGCCCCGGGCCCCCCUACCGCCUGCAUUCGGUCAACGAAAUUUUCCUCAUCAUCGCUAGCUUGAUAUCGUGUAUGCUCACCGCGACGCCAGCAUACAUGCUUCCAGGACUUCUUUCCCUACGGGCGUCUCGUAGAACAGUUGUUGACUAAAGCUUGUGUUAGCGACACCCGCCCGUGCGUCGCUUUGCUAGACGGCACGGCGCCCGAACGAGGAAUGCGUCCACUAAACCGUUUACUCCUGCCAGUCUAAAGUGACUUGUUCAUUUUUCAAAGGCAGCACAUCAUCCAUACUUUCGUCGCUUCUCGGCGCAACAAGACGUCUGGUCUGUAUCCACAACGACCAAAUGCUGUAGAGUUUCCGAUUUCCUCGGGUGGCUUGCCGGUUUGUCGUAUGCCUACUGGGUUUGUGAUUCACGACGUGAUACCAGCAGAUGGUGGCUCGGCCGGUUGUCGUGAGAACGACACUUGUCGGCUUGACCUACUUGUUGCACGCCGUCGUGUACGGGCUGACAAGUACCAGCUGGAAUGCUGCACCCUCCGCUCUGUGUCGAGUUCUGUGCACGGCAUCCCUCGGCUUUGUAGGGAUCUCCAACUCGUUUCUUGGUGCUCUUGGCGCGCGUGCUCCGGAUGAUGGCGAUCUGGACAAGCCUGCUUUUCAGCAGUCGCUGGCAGGUAGUCAGAGUCAAGAAACAACGUCUCCGGAAUCGCCUGCCUCCACGUCUUCAACGGACUCUGUGCCUGUGCCACCCGUUUCCAGCCCCACGCCGGAGUCGAGCGACCGUAGAUCCCACCGACAAGGUAUCGCAGCCUCACCCAGAUCUGAGGGAGGGGCGGCUUCGGGGAGGUCGGCUGUCGGGGGACUAGGCCUUGCCCGAAUUGUUACGGUGUCAGGCCGUGGAACCCUGACACUCGGAGAGCUUGCCAUGGAACAGUUCAGGAGGCGGGCGAUGGAGUUGCGAGAUGAAUGGGAGGACGAGGAGCGCUACGUGAGGAGGAAUGUUGGGCGUGUCAUCGUGAAUCAGUCCUCCCGUCCUACUCUCUCACGAGUGCAGAAGUCGACAGCAUCUGCGAGAAACCGGUUUCGAAUGCGAUCACUUGCACGGCUGCAGGAGGCCGCACGACUGGAGUCUAUGGCAAGCGAAAUUGCUGCAAAGCUGCUAGCAGCCGGAGUGGAUCUCUCGCACGUCCCAGGCGACGCCUCGCUGACACCCGGAGCGAGCGAUCAGGGCCCGCGGGUUGGCGGCGACGCAGCCGCACCAGGUAAUCUGUGACUCAAGCGCGCUGGAACGUUUAUCGAGCUACUGGGGUUGGCACACAUGUGUGGCGGAGGCAACAGACGGGUAGCGUUUCUGGUCGGCAUUGUCCGAAGAGGCGUGAGGUCCGUCCGUCCAUUUCGAGGGGGGACUCGACCCAUAAGAAAAACAGAACACGCUGAAUCUACAUAGCCAUGCGUGCCGUGAAGGGGUUUAGUUGUGGCCGUGAUGUUGCCACCGUCUUGCCAUCACCUAAUGGGUUGCUGUGUUUUGCCAGACACACGGUGAGCAGUAGAGUGAAAUCGUUUGAUGCUCCAAUUAGCCCUUAUUGACUGUGUGUGCAACUGCCCGUUAACCAGGUACAGCACGUGAAUGUGCGUCCCCCGGAAAUGCCAUAUCCUCUUCCGUGCGUAUGGGCGUGUCGGCACUGAGGAGCGAAGCGGGAGCUUUAGAGGAGACGUUGGCUAAUAAGGAGCUGUACGUCGAACUCGGCGUCGCAGAGCGCCUCGCACAGAGCCCCAGUCUGAAUCCACCUGAUUCCCAUCUACUGCAGUGGCGGGACCAAGCAAUAAGAUCCUAUUCUAGACAUGAGAGCAGCCGGAGAGAGCGAGCAGCGACUCUCC